CAGCAUGCAACUGUGCUGUAGGGACCUCAGUCUACCCCUCUGCACAGCACAAACAAAUACAUUUUGAAAUGGAUUUGGAGGAAGCAUUCAAAGGAGAGAAUACAGAGGGGAGAAUGACUCGAGCUGCAGCUGCAAAGUUGGUGAAAAAGGCUUUUCUCAAAGCCCUGAAGUCCAAUGACUUUGAAACACUGGAAGAGCUUUUGAGCCAGAAGAAAAUAGAUGUGGACACAGUGUUUGAAGUGGAGGAUGAAAACCUGAUUCUGGCAUCCUACAAACAAGGGUAUUGGCUGCCUAGCUAUAAAUUAAAAAUAUCCUGGGCAACUGGACUUCAUCUAGCUGUCAUGUAUGGACACCUGGAGAGUCUUUUGGUCCUGCUCAACCACAAAGCUACAAUUAACUGCCGGCCCAAUGGAAAAGCUGCAAUCCACAUAGCAUGUGAAACAGCAAACGUCGAGUGCCUGAAGAUCCUUUGCAGCCAUGGAGCUAAGGUGAACUGCUUUUCCAUGAGUGGGCAGGCACCCUUGCACUUCUGCACAACACCAGCCUCCAUGUCUUGUGCCCAGCAGCUGGUUUGGAGAGGAGCAAACGUGAACAUAAAAACGAACAAUCAAGAUGAGGAGACUCCUCUGCACACGGUUGCACGUCUGGGUGUCCCGGAGCUUGUGGCCUUUUACGUGGAACAAGGAGCACACGUUGAUGCUCUCAAUGCCUACAUGGAGACUCCCCUGGCCUGUGCGGCCUACUGGGCCUUGCACUAUAAGGAUCAGAUAUACAGCUCAGACCACCACCUCGUCUGUCGGAUGCUUUUAGACUGUAAAGCUGAAGUGAAUGCUCGUGAUGAGGAUUUCAAGUCACCGCUCCACAAAGCUGCCUGGAACUGUGAUCACAUCCUGCUGCACAUGCUGCUGGAAGCAGGGGCAGAAGCAAACAUCAUGGAUGUCAAUGGCUGUGCACCACUACAGUAUAUCCUAAAAGUGACAUCUGUGCGGCCAGCUGCCCAGCCUGAAAUCUGCUACCAACUGCUACUGAAUCAUGGAGCAGCUAGGAUAUACCCUCUGCAAUUCCACAAGGUGCUACAAGCCUGUCAUUCCCACCCCAGAGCUGUCGAGAUUGUCGUCAAUACCUAUGAACACAUCAAAUCAACAUCAAAGUGGAAAGCAGCCAUACCUGAUGAUGUCUAUGAGCGGCACCAGGAUUUCUAUGACUCUUUGUUUGCUGUGUGCAGCAAUACACCACGGACACUUAUGCACUUAUGCAGAUGUGCUAUUCGGGCAAUAUUGUCAGAAAGGUGCCACCGAGGAGUCCCUUUGCUCUCCAUCCCCUCAUCCAUGAAGAAGUACUUGCUGCUGGAACCAGAAGGAAUCAUCUACUGAGCCACAGCAGCAUCUCCUUUCCCAUAUCUGCACGCCUCUGCAGGGUGCUGGAGAUCCAGGCAGGACCCUGACACAGCCCUUCACUCUCAUAUGGUGCACACCAGCAUGAAGCUGGGCUGGGACUUACUGGAUCUUCCUUGGAGCUACUGUUUUUCCCUGCACUGAGGAUUUGCAGCUGCAGGCUCUGGGUCACGCCGGGGGAGGCAGAGCUGGAAAGCCCCCACACCCACCUCCAAAAAAACACAGGGGUGCAGACUUCCAUCCUUUGUUCAACAUAGCUUACACAAUGCUUCUGCUCCCUUUGGUAUUUAUUCCAAUUUCUCCUAGGUAGCAUUAGAUUCAAUCUGAGCAACCUUUGAUACGGGUUCACUGUAAUUUUCUUCAGCUGUCAUUUUCGGACUGAAAGAAAAGAUACCAUUAUUAAAGAAAAAAAAAAAGACAUUUAUUAGUGUCACAGAAAUGCUUUCCCAGAAGAGAAAUGUACAAACUGCUUUGAAUUGUGACCACAGACAGGAUUUCAGUUGUUUCCUUAUUUUCCUGUGAACUGACUCUCAAUUCAAUGUUAAUUCACUGUACACUGCACCUCUCUGUAUCUUACAAAACUUCGUCAUAAUAAUAUCCUUUUUAAUUGUAAGAACUUUUUCCACAAUCAAUCAAAGUCAUGAAAUCUGCAUCACUGAAAUUGCUGUACUUUGCUAUGCCUGCCCAGGAAGCUUUUAGCACAUGCUGUCUCUGUUUCUAGUCUCCCUGUGACCAAUGAGGAUUUCAUGUCCUGGUGUUGAGGAAUGCAGGUAGAAUGGACUUAGCAAUAUAAACUGCACAGCAGUUUAUCCCUCAGGACCUACGUAUCCCUCAGGAUUGUGCUGGAUGGGAUCCAGGAAGAACAUGAACUCUUCUCUUGGUUGUCUAUAAAAGGAACCUGGUUCAGGAAACCAAACCCAGCCUGCUUACAUGGACUAUACACCUAAUUUUUAGCAACUAAGUGCAGGUGAGAGGAACCUCACCUUAGCCAAAAGGUGUUACCAAGAUGAAGAUGAGUUGGCUGUGCUGUUACAGACCUCCCCAUCUCACUAAUUUUCAGGCCCUGUGCUUUGGGCCCUGACAGUGCUGGUUUCUCUUCUUGCAGUAACUUUUUUCUCCUGACAAAGUACUGUCUUCUGUUCAGUAAAAUGAAAUGCAGGGCAAAGGCAGUUCACACACAAAGUACCCUGCAGCAAGGGCAAGUGUGUGAUCUGACCUACAGCUACAGCCCCUAUUUCUUCCCAUUUUUAGUUUGAUGUAAUCCAUCUGUGCUUUUCCACUUUUUUUAGACCCUGUCAAUUCUGGGCUUGGUUAAAAGGGAGGUGAGCCAUGCCCACCAUUGGGAGCCAGUAACUCCUGAAUUCUCCUUGCAUCUCUGACAGUGAAACUGUUGGUCCUUAACAUUAUUAUUAUCAUCUCUUUGCAAGAGAGCCCACAGCACAUUAGGCUCUUACCAGCAGGACAGGAGCAGCAAAGCUGGUCACUUUCCCUGUGUCUCAAAAAGUAGCAAUAAUAGCACUUGAAGAAAUGUGCAGAUUAUUUAGUGUUAUAAAUCACUUCUCUUUCCUUCCAUCUCAAUUUUAAUGAAUAAAAACUUGUACACUGUAUUAGGAGAGAAUCCAGUUCAUAGAUCUGUUAAUGUAUAGUUAGACAGCAAAGGAGGUUGCUUUUUAACUGUUUCCAUUUCCUAUGGAGAAUUUCAAAGACAACACAGACCAUGAGAAAAUGCCUUCUCAUAUGAAUGAAGUUGUACAAUAGUUCCCUUUACUUUACUAAACCAAAGAAAGAUUUCUAGAGAGUUGCAGAAUUAUCUCUAUCAAAGACACUACAGUCAUUUACAGGAAAGAACAAUAAGCAUCUGGGGCAGUUUGUCUACAGAAAAAUUACCUUGAAGCAAUUCCAGGUCAAUGAGACCCACUGAAUUCUUCUCUGAGGAAAACUAGUGAAUCUGGAAAGAGAGAGGAAGCUUAGGUUAUCUAAACCCAAGGCUUUUCUAGGCGAUGUGUCUAUGUGAGUCAGGCAUGAGGAAGAUUUGCAAAGUGGUCAAGGCAUGAAAAUGUUUGUUGUUUUCUGUACUGUCUGCCAAUGGGAUAAGCUGGGUACACCAUGAAGAGACAGAUGGAAGUAGCUGAUUUUAUUUGGAACCCAUCCCUGCACUGACUGCUUUUGGAAGCAAAAUUUUGCAUCUGGAGGAGGGAGAACAGAACAAUAGCAGCCCUUUUUUGACCUGUCGUGGUGAGGACUCUCUUGCUGAGAAAGAAGAAAAAAGGCUGUUGCCAGUGUUCCUAAAUUCCCUCUGAUCCUCCCCUUCUGCAGUGAACACACUUAAUUUUUAUUCCGUGGGCACCCAGCCUUACUUCCAAGCUUUGUACCAAGCAGGUGGCAAAUUAUAGCCAUUGUGGUAUCUGACAGGGUGCACAGUGGGAUCAGGCUGAUUAUAGUCAUAGGAAUUUGCAAGCUGUUAAAAACACUGGAGAACAUCCCUAUCACAGAAAAAAAAGGAUGGAUGCACUUUAAUUGCCUCUGUUGUUGGAGUUAGAAAGACCAACAGUAAGUAAACAUUAUUUGUUACUUUUUAGCAUUUCUUUCUUUUUUUUCUUGUACUGUAUUCUAUUUCUAUGCACUGGAUGGAGUUGUGAGCCAUGGGGGUACCUGAUAAUAAGGUGAUCAUAUACUAAAUUCAAAGGAUGAAUAGUUUUAUUUUUC